CAAUCAGGGCCUACUAGUAUUAGGUACCAAUUUAGUUAAAAACAAAAUUUUGUUACGUUUACAUUGCAAGUUAUUUGGCUAAACAAAAUUUUCCGUUAAACCUUUAUUUUAUUCGGUUUAAAUUUAAAUUCGCAAUGCCUUGCAAGCCCGUUUCAUGUAAAAUAGAGCCAAAAAAAUCAAGAUCAAAACCGCAUUCGGGGGUUUACAUAGUUAAAAGCCGUGAGCUCAGAGGAGGCAUACUGUAUACAGACUGCCAUUGUCUGCGGAGAAAUGGAUUACAAUAUGACUGUCGACGGACGUGCUGCCAGAACUCAAGCUGCUGUAUCGUGCUACCUGCACCGUUGUGCGUGCCCGCCAACGUGGCCUGCGCCAAGCACUGCCAAAACCCUCAUGCAGAGGCAUUAACAGCUAUCUGCAGAAUGCGUACUUGUUAACAUCAAAAUAAUGUAUGUCAAGAAAAAAAACUAGAAAAGUUCAACCGUUCGUCCAACUAAGGAGUGUGCAGGGCCGUAUAUUUGUUUGGCACCGACGUGAUAUAUAUAUAUAAAGAAUGAUAAUGAAUAGCUUGCUUCUAGCAGGAAUACUGGCAUUAAAGUUUCAAAUUUGGAACUUUAAAAAAACUGGAGUCAAUCAAAAAUGUUUAUCUGACAAUACCAAAUUUCCGUGAAACCCGUUGGACGUAUUUGUAAAAAAUUGUAAAAAAAUAUUAAAAUUCUAAAUUGUUUGUGGAAAAAAGGAAAAUUUAUUUUGGCUGUCUUAUAAAAUUUCUAGAAUUUAUUUAAAAACUAUUAUCUAAAAGCGUCUCCUUCGCACAUUUCAUUAAUUGAUCGGAUUUAUUCAACUACAAAAAUGUGUUCUCCGUGUGGUCCCAUGGUAUGCUAUAAAUAUGAAGAUUGCGGUCCCGCAAAAGGAAAAAGCCAAGAAGGCCAAGCUUCGCGUGCGGAGGAAGGCGGCGCACAAAAAAAGGACGAAAAAGAAAACCAACUUAAAAGAACGAAAAGCCGUGAAUUGCGUGGGGGAAUAAUGUAUUACAGUUGUCAUUGUAUAAAGCGCAAUGGGCUGCAGCAUGAUUGUCGCCGCACGGGAUGUGGCGGCGAACCGGCAUGUUUAGUGUUACCUGACCCUGUGUGUGCUCCUAGUCAGUUAGCUCGCGCCCGUGGGCUCGCGGACCCUGCGCCGUUUGCAGCCCACUACGCCGCGGCCGGCGGGGGCAGCUCCGGUGGGCAAGCGGCAGGCGGCUCUCAGUCUGGUGGCAAGAGAUUUAUUGUUUGCGAACUCAAAGGAGUUGUCCCAGACGCCGGCGGAAGCAGAGGUGAAAAAUGCUGUAAGUGUUCAUGUCCAACUACUCGAGACAAUGAUAAACAUAGUCAACCUGGUGCGGCCACUGGAGCCUGUUUCGUAACUAACGUUCCAGUCCAACCGAAGGCUUCUGCAAAUACAUCUUCACGAUGCCCCUGCAAAUCUGAUAAAGCCGCUGUUGAUUCCCAAUCAGGUGGGCAAUUUCCAGCGUUUGUGUUUGAUGAGAAAACUUUAGAUACAAUUAUAAAGCGCUUCGAAGGCAAAGAGUUGGCAGAAUCUAGUGACAAACCAGUGGCAGGGCCAGGAGGUCGCGUUCGUAAGCCUAAGCCGCCUGUAGUGGAAAAACCUUGUACGAGACCGGGUUGUGUUCACUGGCAGCCGCCCCCGCCCUGCGUGUGGGAUUUGCCUUGUAAAGCGGACUGUUUUGAGACACCGGCCGGGAUUCAGCCAGGUCGCAAUCCACUGAAGAGUGGCGGGGGCGGUUGGAUUUCAAAGGAAGGAGAGCCAUCCGUGGCUCUUGGUUCCUCCAGUAAAGCGGCUAGUGGCCAUCAUCACAAUAAAAUGAAAUUGCUGACGCCUGAAUGUUGCACAGGUUGUUCCGGGGCGGGAGGCGGCGGCGCGUCGGCGCCCGCGGGCGGGAUGCCGGCAGGACUCCCGGUCUUGGUCAUGAAGCUGUGCUGAGCUUCUCGUAUAUCACCAGUGGAUAAGAAAAAGUGCAAAAUGAUAUGAAGUCUUCGGAAAAAUAAAUGUUUAUCGAGUAA